UGGAGUAACCGAGGUACGCGAAGCUAGGGGGAAGAGUUUCGGACUGGAGGAGGGAGAGGGAGCAGGCAGGCAGGCAAGCCAGCGAGCAAGCGGUGGUUCUUUCUCAAGGAAGGAUCUCGACGGAGGAAGCAAAAGAAAGAAGCGCAAGAAUGCACUAGGGCAGGGGAUUGGUGCUGCGCUGCCGUAGUCAGACGCUGAGCGCGAGUGCCUCCUGAAGCUCCCCAUCCUCCGCUGCAGCGUCCUGACUGAGCUUGUCAAUGGAGCUGGAGAAUAUAGUGGCCAACACGGUUUUGCUCAAAGCCAGAGAAGGGGGUGGAGGAAAGCGCAAAGGUAAAAGCAAAAAAUGGAAGGAAAUCCUGAAGUUUCCUCACAUUAGCCAGUGUGAAGAUCUUCGAAGAACAAUAGAGAGAGAUUAUUACAGUUUAUGUGACAAGCAGCCAAUAGGAAGACUUCUCUUUCGGCAGUUCUGCGAGACUCGCCUGGUGCUGGAGUGCUGUAUUAAGUUCCUUGAUUUGGUGGCAGAAUAUGAAGUACUUCCAGAUGAAAAAUUGGGAGAGAAAGGCAAAGAAAUUGUGAUGAAAUACCUCAUCCCAGGGUCUCCAGUUUAUGUAGCAGAAGUCAGUCAAGAUCUUAUACAGCGGACAAAAGAAAAACUUGAAAACAGCCCCUGUAAAGAGCUGUUCUCACCCUGCGUGAAGUCUGUUCAUGAGUACCUAAGUGGAGAACCUUUUCAAGAAUACUCAGACAGCAUGUAUUUUUACAGAUUUCUCCAAUGGAAAUGGCUAGAAAGACAACCAGUAACAAAAAACACAUUUAGGCAAUACAGAGUAUUAGGAAAAGGUGGUUUUGGAGAGGUAUGUGCAUGCCAAGUACGAGCAACUGGGAAAAUGUAUGCAUGCAAAAGAUUAGAGAAAAAAAGAAUAAAGAAGAGGAAAGGUGAAUCCAUGGCCCUAAAUGAAAAGCAGAUUCUAGAAAAAGUCAAUAGUCAGUUUGUAGUCAAUCUAGCCUAUGCCUAUGAAACAAAGGAUGCACUCUGCUUAGUUCUAACCAUAAUGAAUGGGGGAGACCUGAAAUUCCAUAUCUAUAAUAUGGGAAACCCAGGCUUUGAAGAAGAAAGAGCUUUGUUUUAUUCAGCAGAGAUUCUUUGUGGCUUAGAAGACCUGCACAGGGAAAACAUAGUGUACAGGGAUUUGAAGCCAGAAAAUAUCCUAUUAGAUGAUUAUGGCCACAUCAGAAUAUCUGAUUUGGGUCUAGCUGUUAAAAUUCCUGAGGGCGACUCCAUCCGUGGACGAGUAGGAACAGUUGGUUAUAUGGCUCCAGAAGUCUUGAAUAACCAGCGAUACACCCUUAGCCCUGAUUACUGGGGAUUAGGCUGCUUAAUCUAUGAAAUGAUUGCAGGACAGUCACCCUUUCGAGGAAGGAAAGAGAAGGUGAAGCGGGAAGAGGUAGACAGGAGAGUCUUGGAGAUGGAAGAGGUGUAUUCCCAUAAAUUCUCCGAAGAGGCAAAGUCUAUCUGUAAAAUGCUACUGACCAAAGAUGUGAAACAGAGGCUGGGUUGUCAGGAAGAAGGUACAGCUGAAGUGAAGAAUCACCCAUUUUUCAAAAGCAUGAAUUUCAAACGUCUGCAAGCAGGAAUGCUGGAACCCCCUUUUGUCCCUGAUCCGAGAGCAGUGUACUGCAAAGACGUGUUGGACAUUGAGCAGUUUUCAACUGUCAAGGGAGUGAACCUGGACCAGACAGACGAUGAUUUCUAUUCCAAGUUUUCUACAGGCUCUGUAUCUAUCCCAUGGCAAAAUGAGAUGAUAGAAACAGAAUGUUUUAAAGAACUAAACCUGUUUGGACCAAAUGGUACUAUCUCACCAGACCUUAACAAAAACUAUCCUCCAGAACCACCAAAGAAAGGAUUGCUGCAUCGAAUAUUUAAACGUCAGCAUCAGAACAAUUCCAAGAGUUCUCCAAACUCAAAGGCCAAUUUAAAUCAUCACAUACAUUCCAACCACGUCAGUUCAAAUUCUACUGGAAGCAGCUAGUUCUUCUGGCUCGUGGGAACCUGCAUAUUGCAUCCUUCCACUGGUACAUAUCAAGUGUCAAGGAUGAGAAGAGCGCCCAUCACUGAGCUAGAAGAUCAACAGUUUCUAACUGAGGAAGGUUUUUCCCCCCUUCUCUGUUCCUUCCAGGGGAGCUUCCCAUUUUACAAAGAUAUUUACUCUCAGGUCUGUUUUUGGGGGUGGCACUUGAGGUCUUAUGACUCAACGUUGUCUCUGUAGGACACUGCAAUAGAAAUUGGAGGCUGACAACUUGCACGUAUUUAAAUUUGCAUCCUAACUAGAACUGAAUUUUGUCCUUAUUAUUUUUAAAGAAAAGGUUUUGUAAAUUUCUCAAUUCUCAGUUUACAUUUUGUACAUUUGUAUUUAAAUGAAAGUCGGACUUGGGGAUGUAUAUUUUCUGAGCAGCAGCUUGUAAAGCCAUGUGUUUUAAGACUUUUUAGUGUUUUUUUUUUAAGAAAAACAAAGUAAUCAAUACUUCCAGUCUCAAAAUGAAGGUUUUUUGUUUUUGUAAAUAUAGAAAAUUGUACAUAUGUUCCUUUUUCCUAUUGCUUCAGUUGAUACUUUUUUUAUAACUAACUUCAUUUUCAGUUGAUACUUUUUUUAUAACUAACUUCAUUUUUGUCUGUGUGGGUUUUUUUUUUUUUUUUGGGUUAACGGCAACACUGCAGACCCUUCCGUUUUGUUAAAAACCUUGCAUUUCAUGAAAACUUAGACAUACAAAGUUUGGUGUCUCUAGAGAAGCUAAAAGCCUAUGUCUGAAGUUCAGGACAUCAUGGGACCACCGUUGUUGCUAUUUGCACUUUUUUAUAGUUAGCCUUUUAUGUUUGUUGCUGAAAAGUCAAACCCUGUUUAAAAUCUCACAUCACUUUUCCUUUCCUGGGCUGUAAUUCUGUAACUAUCGUUAGAAAGAGAGUGAGCACACAGUCAUUUGCUCUCGACAUGUGAAGUCCAACCUUGGCUGCUCCUUUCAAGAAAACAGUAAGAGUCCAUCCAGAUUUCAUUAUCUCUCAAGUUGUUUUCACCUUUAAGCUAGCUUGCACAGAUCAUGGAGAAAUGGCUCUUGAAUAUGCAUUGGAUCUGCAGAAAUGCCCAUUUGAUUCCUGAGUCUCCACUGCACUGAUCUACAACCAUAAUGUAUUCACUGCAUCCCAGAACAAGAGUGCAAUUGGUGUGGUUGGUGUAGUCUGUAUGCCAGCUGGUGCUUCCCAAUACUCCUGCUCUCGUGGAUGUAGCUUCUUGUGCUCUGGCUUCUGUUUAUGAUAUGGCAGAAAUGAAGAGAGGUCAAAUCAAGAAGCUAAGCUCUUAAUGGGAGCUUUUCUACAUAAUAGAAUUUUUUAUCUGUCCAAUUUCCAUUGUUCCAAGAACUUCAGAGAUACCUGCACUGGUACCCUUGCCAGUAAGCUGGAAAAAGAUGUAAUAGUUAGAAAUUCUUUAAACAUCUUGGCCACUUUCUGGUUCAUAAGGUAUGAAUGAAUUGCAUGGAUUCUCUUUUUCUGAUUGGGGGAGUCAAAUUUUGAACAUUAAGUUAUGAAGAAGGAAGAAUGAUACAAUUUCUUGUGGGGACAUAAUUCAUAAAUAAUCUGUUUGCAGUAAGAUGUAACUGUCAAUUUUUACUUUAAUCACGUACAUUUAAGACCUUUAAACUGCAGAAAUGGAGGUUACGUAAACACCAGUGGAAGCUCCCAUCUAUACCCAGAAUACUACAAACAGUUGUAUCCCACAUCAGUUUUAAAAGGUGGGAUUUCAGAUGGUGUAACAUCCCUUCGUUCUGUAUUUUGGAUUUCCAGGAAGAUACAGUUUCAAAUGCUCAGUAAUUUUGAGUAUUUCAAAUACUCAAUAAUUUUGAAAGAGAUUUAUCUCAUAUGGCAUUGAAUCAAUUUUGAAUGUCUAUUUGUCCUCUUAAAUUAGAAAGACAUGGGUCCUUCCCCAGGAAACAGUCUAUGUUUAAACAAAGUUUUAUGAAAUGUGGUAACUGGGGAUUGUAAUAUGCUUGUUUUAUGCAGGUGAUAGUAUUGAAGAGACGGGGACCUGUUUCCAAGGUUUUGGUCCCAUAACACAUUUUUACAGGAUAAAUUUAGAUGUUUCAAAAAAUGUGUGGUUGAUGUGAAACAUGUUGGGUUCUUCCUCUCAGGUAUUUUAACAUGUAGCAAAGCCUCCUAUAUCUACAUAAAGUAUUUCCCAUCAAUGACAACCAAGGACACCUGAUCAUAUCACAAAAAGAAAGGUGAGAACUCAACACUAGGAAGCCAUUUGCAUUGGCAGCCUGUGACAUUAAAAGCAUUUGAUUCUUCUGCCAUAAUCAUUCUUGUGGUCAAUAAUAUAAACUAUAAAGUCUCUGAAAGUCAGAUGAAAAGAGAGAAAGAUCAGACAUAUAUUGCUGCCCAUGUCAAGGGCAUAAAUGCUUCUUUUUGACAUCACCAGUUUAUAAAAAUUCAGCUGUUCAGCAGCUCUGGAUAUCCACCUUUCAAAAGUGUAUGUAAAUGUGUGUAUAUCUGUGUAUUCACACAUGCAUACAAGAAUGCUCUAAUAUUCCAUGCACUCGAAAUAAAAUAAUAGUGACCAAGUACAACGCCAUACUUAAGUUUUGCAUGUGUAAUUUCAUGAGUAAUUCUUAUUGGAAUGUCAGCCCCAAAUUUCUCUGAUAGGCUGAUAUGUAAGUACAAUUAACUGAUGCAAGGGGCUUAUGUCAGUUAAAAAUAUGGGCUGUAUUAAUCUGAAAUGAAGAUCUAGGUAAUUGACCUAUAAAAGAGGACAGUUGUCUUAGAGUUGCUGGUUCUAUAUAAGGGAUGUUGAUAAAACCUUUCUCCUUAAGUUCUUGAGGGCAGGUCAUCUUCCUUUCAGAUAAUACAUUAAAAAGAAUUUUAAUUUUGGGUGAUCCAUGAAAAAGAAAGGCAAUGACCACUCUCAGUGAGGAGUAUUCACAGUGUCAUCCUCUGAAGGCAGGUAUUUCAUCCGUUAACACUGCUAUUUCUGCCCUUUCAUCUGCUCCUGUCAAAAUACAGAUUGCAUCAUAGCCUCUUUUCUCUUCCAGCUCCACUUUCCUUCCACAUUUCCUUUUCAUUAUGAUAACGGUCUCCUAUUUCCCUGGGCCAGUUUAGCUGGAAUGGUGUUCCAGAUAGUAAUAGGCAAAAGCUCAACACAGUUUUGGCAGUCUCAGCAAACAAGAGCAAAAUUGAGUUAAGUGGUUGAAAGAAGAUUGAACUUGGGGUGGGGGUCCUAUUUGAGUCCUUUUUAAAAAGACAUCCAGAAGCUGUGAAUUUUCUGUCAAUGUUUUUCUUCGCUAUUUGCAACUUUUUAACAAUAAUAACAAAUACAUUACAGCAAUAAAAACACAACUUAGCUUUGUAUAGAACAUGUUUUUGAUUCUCUUUUAAAUAUAUAUAUAUUAAAUUCAAAAUAGCUUGUGGGGUGCUAUAAGACCCUUAAACUGGAACUCUUGCAUUGUUGAAACAUUUUUCCCAUUUUCCCCAUAUAUCUAGAUUAAAUUUCACCUAAUUUAUAAGAAUCAUUGAACAUAUGCUACUUUUUCAGUUGACUUACCUGUCUAUGAAUUAAGUAAAUUAUUUUGCAAUUAUUUAUUUUAUCACCACUUGGCAGUCAAAUUAUAGACAGUAAUCAAAACAUGAACCUCUGUGUCAUUUGAACAGUCGCUAUUUUAGGAAUAGUUUCCUUUUAUUAUCUGACUGGGGCAUCUGAUAUGGUUCCUUGUAAAAUCUCAAUGAAUUGUCUCCUUAAUAAUAUCUAGCAACUAGAUUUUCAUUUCACAAGUCCUAUAAGGGUACAAGAGCAACCUUUCUAUAGUAACCAAGAGUGUAGCAGUAGGAAGUUUGACAUCAGGUGACAUUGUUAAUAUUAAGAUCAAUAAGUACAUGAAGAAAGGGAUAGAAAAUCUAUUCAUCUGCCUUUAUUUAUUCUGAUUAUUUAAGAAUAUAAUUCCAUGACACCCUCACCCAGAAAUUUUGAUUUGCAGGUGCACUGUUGUGAAUUAUCUAUCCCCACCCUAUGUACAGUUGACACUUGGACUGGCCACUGAGUAAGAAAAUUGGAUAAUCUGUCUGAAGGGAAGGAAUUCUAUUUUUUAUAAAAUCAGAAUAUUUGUUUGAUAGUUGAGCUCCAUCUGCUAUUUACUGUUAGCUGCUGCUUGGCUUUUUUUUUUUUAACUGGAGUUGCUGGGAAUGAACUUGGGAUCUUCUGAGUGCAGCCUAUGUGCUCUGCAAGAGAGUACCUUCCUCCUAAUUCAAUAGUGAUAGGGAGCUUACAGUUCGGUUCUUCCUCUCCAUUGGAAUGCUCUUUCCAAUGAAGCACAAUGUCAUAUAUUCAAAGAAAACAGAGGUCAAGAAGAGUCCCAGAUUCCUUAUUUUUUACCAAAUAUGGGUGUGUGCUUUUGGAAGAGCAAUAUUUUUACAUUCUUGGGUGCUGGGUGUGGGGUUCUCCUCCUCCUCCUCUUUUGCACAUGCAGAACCGGAAACAGCUUGGAGCCUGAUUCCACAUGCAGCUUGAUUUUGCCAGGGUGGAACACCUGUAUAAAAAUGUCAAAACUACAUCAUUCAGAUGUAUCUAAAACAGGGUGAUACUCGAUCUCUGGACACUGCAACAAUUAUUCUGCAUGUCUGUAACACAGGUGCCAUAUGCUGAGGAUCAAAAAGCUAAGUAUUAGAAAGAAGUUUUAUUUCUGGUUGUGCCAUAGCUUGCCAUGCUUAAGGGAUUUUUUUGUUUUUUGUUCUUGUUUUUCCCAAUCUACAAAAGAGGCAAUGGAUAUUAGUUCCUAGUUGCAUUUCAGAGUAACUAAUUAUUUUCAUGAACUCAGUUGUAGACGACUAUAGCAGUCUCUUGAUUAAAAUAGUGAGAUCCGUAUUAGUAGUAUACUUAACACUAACCUUUUAAAAAAUUACAUUUGCACUCUACUCCAUGGGUUCAGUUUUAAAAAUGUAUUCAGAAGUAAAUGUUUUAAAGCACUUGUCAUAUUGUAGUCUGCAAAAUAAACAAAAUAAACUUUGCUUCUCACAAUUUUUUUCUUAACAUCAACGAAUUAUACAUUUAUACUAAGUGGAAACAAAUGUUCUCAAAUUAGAAAAAUUAGUGGCUGUUGGUAUUGUAAAAUAAUAAUAAUAAUUCUAGUAUCCAAAGGAUUUUUUUUCAUUUUGUUUUAAUAUUCAGGGAGGUUUUUUUUUUUAAUUGUUGAAUGAAAACCAUUUUUAUUUUGAGGCUGUUACCGAUAACUAUGGCUUCUGUGUUUUCUGGCUGCUUGAAUUCUUGUACAAGUCUAAUAAUAUUGCAGUGCUGCUGUAUCUAGAUCAAACCACUGUUUUGUUUUCCAGUUUUGUUUUGGGAUUUUUUAGGAAAAAGAAAUAAAUUCCUUUAUUUAAGUAUA